GAAUACCUUUCUGAAGGAACUGGGGCUGUGGCAAAAGUUGCGCCACCCUAAUAUAGUGCAGUUCCUUGGUGUUCUAAAGCACUCCGAUCGGUUGAUCUUCCUGACGGAGUACCUUCGCGAUGGAAGUUUGUAUGACAUCCUAAAACGGAAGGGAAGACUUGAUCAGGAAACAGCAGUUUCGUAUGCUUUAGAUAUUGCAAGGGGCAUGAAUUAUCUGCAUCAACACAAACCACGUGCUAUUAUACACCGGGAUUUGACACCAAGGAAUGUGUUACAAGAUGAGUCUGGACACCUAAAGGUUACAGACUUCGGCUUAAGCAAAAUUGCACAGGAAAAGGAUGACCAAGGUUACAUGAUGACUGGAGGAACAGGUUCAUAUCGUUACAUGGCACCUGAGGUAUAUCGUCGAGAAUCCUAUGGGAAAAGUGUUGAUGUCUUCUCCUUUGCCCUCAUAGUACAUGAGAUCUUCCAAGGGGGGCCAUCAAAUAGAACAGCACUCCCUGAGCAUGUUGCAGACAAGCGGGCAUUUGAAGAUGCUCGACCAUCUGUAUCCUCAUUUGUUUACCCUGAUCCAAUUAAGAUGCUUCUUCGAGAGUGUUGGCACAAGAAUCCUGAAAGUCGACCAACAUUUGAGGAGAUAAUAUCAAAGCUAGAGUCGAUCCAGGAGAGUUUCCAAAGUAAGAAAGACGCAGGUGGCUGUUGCUCCUGUUGCAUCUUAUAAAGAUUUACUGAACAGCAACACAUAUACAUCCCGACUCCAAUUUUCAUCAUACUGAAUGUGUGUUCUCCUUUUCACUC